AGCGGCUAGCUGCGGUGACGCUCCGCGCGCGGGCUGCAGAUGUCGGACCGGCAGGCGGCUGAGGGGCCGGCCUUCUGGAGCCCCGCAGCUCGUCGAGAGUCGGCUGGAGGCGUCGGGGACCGACAGGGAGUGGAGGGGAGCCAGGCGGCCGCUUCAGAGAAAGAAGAUCUAGAAAACACCAAGGUCAGUUCUCCACUGGCUUCUGCCUCUGAUCCAGAACCCCGGCCCUCACCCUACAGGCCACAGAUGGUAUCUCCAGCAAGUAAGGAUACCACGGAGGGUCUACAGAAAGCGGCUGGUGCUUCCGAGGUUCAGGCUCCGGGGGAGCAGGAGUUGCUGCCAGCAGGCCCAGUUCAGGUACACACUGAGAUGGCCAAGUACCAGGCUCCACAGCGACCCGAAGACACGGUCAUGAUCCAGUCCGAGCACACUGGAGCUGUUGAUGUCCUCGCAACAGAUUUGGAGUCUGCAGAUCUUCUGGGGGACCACAGGAAAGUCUCUCCACCUCUGAUGGCGCCUCCAUGCAUCUGGACCUUUGCCAAAGUGAAGGAAUUCAAAAGCAAGCUGGGCAAAGAGAAGAACAGCCGUCUGGUGGUAAAGCGGGGAGAAGUGGUCACCAUCCGGGUCCCCACCCAUCCCGAGGGAAAGCGUGUCUGCUGGGAAUUCGCAACCGAUGACUAUGAUAUUGGCUUUGGAGUUUAUUUUGACUGGACCCCAGUAACGAGCACUGACAUAACUGUGCAGGUCAGUGAUUCCAGCGAGGACGAGGACGAAGAGGAGGAGGAGGAGGAGGAGAUUGAAGAACCCGUCCCUGUGGGAGACGUGGAGAGAGGCUCCAGGAGUUCUCUACGGGGUCGCUAUGGGGAAGUCAUGCCUGUGUACCGGAGGGACAGCCAUAGAGAUGUGCAAGCUGGCAGCCAUGACUACCCUGGAGAGGGCAUCUACUUGCUCAAGUUUGACAACUCGUACUCCCUGCUGCGCAACAAGACUCUGUACUUCCACAUCUACUACACUAGCUGAAGGAUGCUAGGCUAGGGCAGGCUGUGUUUGCUGGCUGAAGCAGGCUGCCAGCUGGUGCCUCUUGUCUCUACGCAAGGGCCUCAAGUUCUGUGUGAGGCUCCCAAGCCUCAUGCCCUGCCUGGCAUGCCUGACCCCUGACCCCAUGCAGCUUCCCCCCUCUCUUGGCUUCUGCAGGUGGUGGUGUAGUGCUCCUGUUCUGUGGCCCCGACUCACGCUCUUGUUUAAGAUCCAGCUAAACCCUCUCAGAAGGCCCCUGUGAGGCAAAAUGAGGUAGAAGGAUGUCUUUGACAAAUUGAUUCACGCUGGUACCACUGGUCAUUCAGGUGGACGCCCACUCUUCUCCAGAGCCUGUGAUGCCGAUGUACUUAGCAGCGCCUGCCUUCUUACAUGUCGAGGUGCCAAAGAGGGAAAAGCACAUUGUCUGUGAAAGAGCCCAAUACCUUGGAUGGGGAACGCUCCAUCCAGCCUCUCAGCACUGCCAUAUUCCUGCCUGCUGGGCAUUCUAAGUCUGUAGCUCAGGCUAGAAGCCUUCACUGCCUUGGAUGGAUAUUAUUACUCCUACUGGGUAGACCUUCCUCCUCCUUUCUCUGCACCAAGUCUCUGUUUAUGCCAUGUAGCAAGAACUUCCGAGCUGUGGUCAGUGUCCUAAGAUCUGCUGGGAAGAAAAGCAGCCGCCAUCACUUCGCGUCUCCAGAGCUCUCUCCCUUACUAAGGGCGCUGGUAGUUGGUACAGCAAGGGUGGAAGGCACUGGAUUAUCUCAGAAGCUGCCCUUCUGGAAGUCAAGUACUAGUCGUCGUCCGGUGUGCUGCCUCCCACCUCCCACCCCUGUCUUUAGGCUAGGGGUGUUAUCUAGAAAGUUUCCUUUGGAGCCAAAUACAGUGAAACCCAAUUAGGUUUGCAGUGAUUCUGGGUUUGUGUUCUUUCCACUGAGGGUGUAAACUUUUGACGUUCACAGUCCUUAGGGAAAGUAAGGACGGAGUUUUGCUCUUGCUGCUGAUUGUGUAUGCUCCUGACCUGACCAAAGCCUGUAGGGACAGCCUCCUGCAUUCUGUUCAUCCUGAGGUUCUGGAGCCACAGAAUGGAGUCGCGUUGCAGUGGGUGGCCACAGCGCACCAGAUGCCUGGGCUUCUGGUGGAGAGGGCAGACAGCGAGGCGUGGACCUCUGCAGUCAUUGUACCUCUUUGUCUCUUCCUGUAUGUCGUCUGCCAUCCUUCUGAGUUUUGAAUAAUUAGGUUUAUUUAUUACUUUGUGGUUUUUAAAGCACAUUUCAGUUUGCCUCUGAAACAGUUCCCAUCUGUUUCCCAUUGCUUUCCGUCUGCUCUGAGCCCUUCAGGUCACCUCUGCCAUGGCGUUCAAGACGACUGUAGAGCUCGGAACAUGAUUGUGGGUGUCAUUCCUGCAUGCCAGCCGCCCGGUGAGAAGGCCGACUCUAACCUUGUCCGUGUGUAGGUCCGUCUCAGCACUCUCCAUGAGGAAUGGGUGUGAUGGAAGCCCUUGCACUGGAAAUUGACUUAAGGAACUGAUGAACCUGUCAGUGAUCAGCUGAGCAACACGGGCCUUUGCUCUGUCUUGUCUCUUGUUCUUAUCAUGAGGUCAUGGUGGCUUACUUUCUUGGAGCCCCAGUUCUCUUGUACCAGGGAAGUCUGUGAACUUCUGAUCUCUCUGAUGUGCCUGCCGCUGGCUGGUCAUUCUGUGACAAUUAUUUCUUACUGGCUUCUCUUCAGCAGGGUUUUUGUCUCAUGAACAUAAAAUGGCUAAAUGAAGACAUGUCCACUAUAUGAUGAAUUCACUAUUCUCACACUAAAUUUUUGCAGUAAGAGAAUUUGAGACAUGAAGUAUUAUUUUCUGAAAACACAGGUAAUUAUGGAGAACACACAUGUACCUUGGAGGUUCUAAGAAGUGUCACUUCCUUGGUCCUUCCCUGUUCAUGUUGCAACAACCAAAUAAUGAACUAGAUUAUCUGCUUUUACCCUUGCCCUGCUCACUAGGGCACAGGUAGAUGCUGUGCAGUUGAGAGAAAGGCUUUUAUAAGAAGGCUGAGAUUGAGGGUCUUUACACAAAGUGACUGACCGCUUACAUUUCCUCAGUCUAAGUGUGCUCUUUAUGAAGAGACAGGACUUCUAAAAAAGACAUAACUAAAGUGCUAUUUUUUCAACAUCUUAUGAAAAAUUUCAGCAUACACUUACAUUCCACCUCUAUUUUUAAAUUCCAAACUGCCAGUUUUUAAACAAAGAUUGUACCUUUUAGCUCCCUUUGGCGAGUAUCCAGUCAGAGGAUGUCCCCUUUCCAGCGAGGGUCAGCUCUCUGUCAGAGCCCCGCUUAAGCAGAUCUCUCUUAUUCAACAUAGGCUGCCUAAGACGUCUUCACAGAAAUGGCCGUCUGUCUCCAUCUUUUAGAAAGCUAGCUGGACGUUCUUUACUUCUGACUGGAGACAAAGUAGCUUUCCUCUCUAGCUGCACGUUGGUGUGAAGGCGACUGCAUAGCUGCACUCAAAAGCCUGCCUUCUCCUCUCAGCUGACAUACCCUCAGGAUGCUCACAUGCAAAUGCGUUCUUCACAGAACACAUGGAAGCAGGUAGCUGCUUGAAAGCAGGCUGUUUUUAGUUAUUUUUCUCAUGGAUGAAUUCACGCACUUUAAAAAUAUUUUAUUUGAUGUCUAGGAAGAACGGACUUUUAAAGUCCCAUUAUAAGAAUACAGUCAAGUUAGUCUGUAACUGUUUUAUAUUCAUGGGAUUAUAUAUUAUUGUGGAGUUUAUAAUAUAUACAUUUUGAUUUUGGUGAGUCCUGCUCGGCUCCUUCUGUGAGAGAACUGGGCAAAGCCCAGGCCCUAAAGUAUGUGAUUGUAUAUUUAUGUUUAAGGAGCACUCUGCAAAACGUUGCCUUUAACAUCAGAGUCUGUGGUUCUAAGGUGUGGAACUGAGUGGCCCUGUCAUUUAUGUAUUUUUUUUUUUAGUAGACGGGGGUGGGACACAAAGAACUUUGUGCUGCUUCAGCUGCCUUUAAGGGUGAAAACGAGAUAGAACAGAGGAGUGGAGAGCGACCACACUAUCGGUCGGUUGGGUAUGUCCCAGAAUCCAUUGAGUGCUUCAGUGGCGCUUUGCUCGUCAGAACUUUUGUAAGCCAGAAGCCUUACUGGUUCUCCUCGUGCUCAGUGGAGAAUCCUCCAGCCCAGUUUGCCAUCUGUCAACAGGGCUGGCUGCAUGCAUUUUUUAGUAGUUUCCUCUGCUAAAUGUAACCACGGCCUGAGGUUUCCUGUCUCCAUCCUUUGGGGGCGGAACAGAGGUAGCAGGAUGAGAGAAGGACAAGAGUCAGUUCUACUCGGGGUGCCGAAGCCACAGUAAUGAAUGUGUCCCUGCAGGCAUAAUUCAGAUGCCUUGUGUCCACCACCACAGAACCUACAGCCAUGAGAGUGCUGGGUAGCAAGCAGGCCUCCUGCAGCUGACAGCAUCACCACCUGAACCACACAGAGCAAACCACACAGCUUUCUCUAUUAGGGCCUCUGUUUGGAGUUUCUCUCCAUGCUAAGCAUUCACAUUGACCUCUGUCCCUAGUUUUUUCCAUAUGACCAGAGGUGUAGAAUGCCUGCACUUUGGGAAAAGGGCAGCGCGGGUGGGUGGGUCCCUUUGGAGCCCCUGUUGGAAAAGGUGAGCUUUCAUCUGAAGAAGGGACUUGGUGUCGCUGCUGCUGUGCAGGCGCUUCAAUAAGGCAUGCAUUCUGUACAAAGUAAGUCACUGUAUUCAUGCGUUCAUGUGCUCCGGGCGCUGUCACAGUCCUCUGGGGAGCAGAAGAUGAGUAUCAAAACAGCCAAUAAGCUGGAUGUCUGAUUUCCAAUGACCGAAGCGAGCAUUCUUUGUUCCUGGUGGUUUUUAGGGGGACACUCAUGCAAGAAUUUCUUAGAUCUGUAUGUAUCUGUUGCUGGUAAGUGACAGCUUUUUGCUUUGUAUAACUUAUGUAGCACCUCGGGGCAUUCCCAAAGAACAUUCAGUUAUCUAGGGUGAACUGUGAUACAAAAUGUAGGAAAACAUCCUAAGUAUUGUUUGGCCAGAUUGCAGUCACUGUUCCCUCUAGAUGUUGCAUUGCUUUCUUGGACCAAGAAGGCUAACUAGAGCCUCUGUGUGAACCACUGUCUCCAAGCUAAGAAAAUACAGUCAACAAUAGAGUUGUCAGUAGGGUAUUGAUAAUUUGGCUCCCCUACAAAUAGUCACUCCCCAUGAAUAGAUGUAGAUAGGACACUGGGUGUGAAACUGUAGGGCUGGUCCCUGGUGUGAACUCAUUAUCUGAUUUUUAGCAUGUGGAACACAGACAUGGCUCUUCAGUUUAAGAUACAGUAAAAAUGGUGUCCCAGAGACCUAGAAAUACAUGCUGCUUUAUGAAAUUCCAGUUUCCUGUCGUUUGAAUCAGGUAGCGUUUUGACUUAUCUGGGGGUAAAGUUGUGUGUGUGGAAUGACUAUGGAAACAAUAUCUCCGACAGUGCUGACGGGAUUAGGAAGAUUCUGGAGUUUGGAGCUGCAAUGAAUGCAGUAUUACUGAAGAACCCUUGGUUCCCUGUCGGCUUAAGGGGCCCUCCUAAACUCUUCACUCAGGGUUGGAAUGUCUCGUCUGAUGUCCUUUCUUAGCUUCAGGCCAGGACACAGCCAGAAAACAUUGUCUUAAUUCCUUCUCUCAUAUCAUAAGCAGUACAUUUUAUUAAGACAUUGUAUGCUAAAAAUACAUAUUGUGUCCGGUUCUGAGAUUAUUGUCCCAUAAGUGAAUUAGCUUUCAUUUAAUCAGUCUGAGUUAUUUCCAUUUAGUCAUGCCGGUCUGGAAAAAGCAAUCCCAUGAUGCAUGACUUUGGUGUAUCCAUGUUCUCUUAAUAAUUGGAAGCAUUUUGAAACUUACAGAAGAAAUGCUUGAUGCUUUGUAAUAAAAAAGCAUUUGCAAAUGCUUGGUAACAAAGGGAUAGAAUCUAGAGAGCAGAGUGGAAAAGCAGAAUGGGAAGGCCGGGAGGUGCCUGGCGCUCUCCUAACCACAAUGCCAUUCGCUGUUCAUCCCAAGGGCUACUUUGGAGCUAUCACCCAGAUCCAUGAGUGGUUUAAAGGUGAUUGUGUUUUCUUUCCAUACUGCUGUGUAUCAUAUGCUGCUGCCAUGGUUACCAAAGGCCUAGAAGGGAAACUGUAUCACAGUCUUACCGUUUUUUCUUCAAAAUUCAAACAAAUCCAAACUAAUCAGCUAUUAUAGCAGCUUGUUUGUCAUGUCGCUCUGCCAUUAGAAGUGCUGCCAGAGUGUGUGAUCUCCACGUAAGAACGCUGCACCAAUGGAUACUUGGUUCUUCUGUUCUGCUGAGUGCUUUUUCUUCUGUCAUACUGCAUGUUUUCACCUCACGGCACUGAUGUGUCACUGUGAUACACGGUGGAUCCUGAGCCAUGGUUAGACAACAACAUGGUCAGAACAACUGAGUUCUGUUGUUUUAUAGUAUGUGACAGUUCUGUGAAAUGCUUUUGUGCAUUUUUUGUCUUCUUUUCCAAGUUUUGAAAUCUGUCAUAAAUAAACUUUUUCACUGUGCACCUAAA